AUGAUUUCACUUCGUUUCUUUAAGCGAAUAGUGCGCCGACUUCUCACACAACGCUGGCCCGCUAUCGUAGCCACCUUAGCCAGCGCGGCCGUAAUAUGGUCGCUUCUUCUGUAUUUCACUCUUGCUUACUAUCUGGCCGAUGAUCCACGCCUUGUUCCUGACACAUUUCGACAUGCACGCCGGCCGAUACUCAUUAUUGCGCAUCCAGAUGAUGAAACUCUGUUCUUUAGCCCCAGCAUUCUCUAUCAUCGACACGAUCCACAUGUUACACGCUCACUGUUGGUGAUCUCCUCUGGAAACUACAAUGGCAUUGGUGAACAACGCCAAACAGAAAUUCAUAAGAGCUGUGCUGCAUUGGGAAUAUCCCAGGAUCACUGCGUGGUUUUAAACCAUCCUGACCUUCAGGAUAAUCCGGAGAAAUGGUGGGAUGAGAACUUGGUUCAAGAUAUCAUUGCACCAUACAUAAAGAAAUGGAAGGCGGACUUGAUCAUGUCAUUCGAUCAAGGUGGAAUCUCAGGUCAUAUCAACCAUAGAGCUGUCAGUGCCGGCAUAAGGAGCUAUGUUGCAACCAACGAGUAUGUACCCCCCCGCUACUCAUCUUUGAUCGACCUGAUACCCUCCACCGUCCCGUUCUCAUGGAAGAUCAUCGAAGCCCUCCUUAUACCUGCGACGAACCCUGAUAGCGUGGGUCGAUCACUCGUGCGGAAGACGGGGAAGGAGAGGGUUCUUUUGGUGAGCUCGUGGCAGACAUAUCUUGAAUCACGAGCUGCCUUUGGUCAACAUGAGAGCCAGUAUUCUUGGGACAGAGUACUGUACUUAGUGGUGAGCCGUUACAUGUGGUUCAACACACUGGAAAGGAUUGGAUAG